AGGUGGUCACCUUCAGUAGUUACAUCCCUCUGUGGACAGCCCUGAUGGUGCCAGAGAAGGUGGCCAAUAUCAAGGUGUCAGGCAUGCCAGCCACAGUUAUGACAGAAAUGAGCAAUUUUAUAUAUUCUGAGUUUAUCAGCUGUAUAUUGGAGAUAUCUGAGAAGCUUGAUCUAACUACAUACAAACAAAAUGAACUACAACAGCAGGAGGAAGUGUCAGGGAGCGAUGAAGGAGAUCCUGCAACCUCAGAUCCUGUGUCAGGAUUGAAAGCAAAGGUUCCAAAAGAUUUUCAAGUGUACAUGAAUGUGGUAUCACUCUUGGAAAAAGUAUUACCACUGCAGAGUGAAGAUCAGUUAGAGCCCCACAUACCACGCUUGGUAUGGUUUUUUGUGACUCAGUCCUCACUCCAGCCUCUUGUGUCAGCCCAUUAUAAUGCAACAACCACUGUUCUUACUUGUUCACGCCAAACGCAGUUUUUCUCAAGGAAACAGGACCCAGAGGUGGAAACAUCAAUCCACCUUCUAAUGAGCUAUGUGCGAGAACUGCUGCAACGUUGUCGUCAGUAUCGUGAUCAGCUUUUGGCUUCCUGUCUUACGCUUAUUCUACAUCUUCCUUUGUGCAUUGUGCAAGAGAUCUUUCCCCAACUUGUCAGUCCAUUACAGAUGGCUCUUCAGCUUGGUGUGAGUUACCUACCAUUAGCAGAGGUGUGCAUAUUAGCUCUGCAACUGUGGACAAAAUCCUUAUCACAGGAGAUUCUUAGUGAGCACAUGCCACACGUGUUACCACUCCUCCUUCCUUAUCUUCGCUCACAGGAGACUGGAGGUGAAGCAGAAGUACACACUCGUGUCAUCACCGUGAAGAUGGCAUUUGCAAGGCAGAGGCGAAAGGUUGAUCAGAAGAAGAUGAAGGAGAGUAAAAGGGUAGAAGAGACUGCAAUGCAGAAAAUUCAGCUCAUGAUCUUGCGUCUGAUUGGGAGUUUAGAUCCCCUUCUCCGUCUCCACACCAUACCGCAGGAUCCAGACACCAUUGCUAGUGCUGCUGUCAGAUGGAAUGUGCAGAAACUUGUCAAAUUUGCUACACCAUUUGAGCAUAUUAAGAUCGAUAUAUACUUAGAUGACCUUUUACCACAUGUGGUUGACCUGGCUGUGAAUUCUAGCGACAGACAGACUAAAGUUGCUGCCUCAGAACUUUUGCAUUCUAUCAUCAUAUUGAUGAUUGGCACAGGUGCACAAAAGAGUCAAGAAACACAAUUGAAGGAGCCCAUGGCUCCUCUUUACCGGCACAUAUUCAGUGCCAUGCUCCGUUUAGCUUGUGACCCAGACCAUGUCACACGACAGUUGUUCCUCACACUCAGCUACCAGACUAUCCAUUGGUUUACGAAUAACAGGAAUUUUGAGAAUGUUGAUACAAUGGUCUUGUUAGAAGCCUUGAUGGAAGGCAUUGUGACUGCCAAUGACCCUGCCCUUCGAGAUGUAAGUGCCCAGUGCUUGGCAGAGUUUGUAAAGUGGUCUCGCAAGCAGUGCCGUCAGCAGAAUAGUGUGUCAUCAAACAUCAAAUCCAUUAUCAAGAGAAUUUUUUCAUUCUGUAAGCACCCAAGUGCCUUCAAACGCCUGGGUGGUGCUCUUGCCUGGAAUAGCAUUUACCGUGAGAUUCGUGAGGAUGGCCAAGCUGUCGACAUCUGGACCCUUGACCUUCUAGCUCAUCUAAUGACCUCCCUUGACCUAGCCCAGGUGGAUGACCCAGCUCUAGGCACUCAUGAGCAAACUAAGUCUGCUAUUAAUCAUAUAGAGAGAAUCAUCAGAGUAAAGAGUGAUCUUUUCCAGAAGAAAUCAGGUCAACGCCGUCUACCUCCAGGUUUUGGCGACGGCACUUUGGUGGAUGUGCUCAAGUGGUUAUUCGAACAGUGUGGCCGACCCAAAGCUCUUGUCAGGCAUACCUGUAUGGAACUUUUAGCAUCUUUAGCUCCUCAGGUUAAAGGUUGUGCUUCAGUGCGGGACUUCAUAGAGAAGUAUGUUGGAAUUUCAAAAUUAAGUGAAAUUGUGGACAUACUGGAAGGUGGAGGUGAGGCCAAGAUGGGCAUCAGUUACGUGAAAAACCCAACAGCAUCUUCUAAGCACAUUGGCAGUUCUCUUAAAGAUAUAAAUAUAUUCUUGGAGGCAUUAUCAGCUUCACUUGAUGGCUACUGCUGGUUGAUAGGCCAAGGAAUAGUGCCAGCAGCAAAGCUUUUGAAUCAUUCAGAACUCCAACUUUUCUCUGCCACAACAUAUUUUAUAAAUGAGAUGGCUCUCCUUACUGUCAGUGAAUAUAUGAAGAAUCAUGAUGCUUUUCAAAAUGCAGUUGCUACACCUUAUGAAACCGAAGCCACAGCUAAGCUGAAGUGUACUGUUAUAGUGAGGUUACUGGACUUUGUGAGUGUUGUACUACAAGAGGGACCCAAGGUUGCAUCUCUCCUGAGCCAGCACUCAGUCUGGUCAGCUACCAUGUUCAGUCUUUUGACAUGCUGCACUCUUGACCCUGCUAGUGUUGGGUUUGAUAUCAAAGACACGGAAGUCAGUAAGCAUUUGCCAUCACGUCUAGAGGAAAUCUUGGGAAUUCUGGCCCGUAGAGGACCCUCUGAAGUGAUUGGGGAAUACUCUGACUACCUGGAAAAGCAACUACAGAAGCCAGAGAAUGAUAUAAUUAAGAUGUUACCACUGUCAUUAUCUGAGACUGCACACAUCAACCUCAGAAGCAGACAUGUCAUUGAAGGUAUAGGAAUCUUGGAAAAAAGUGGAUGGCUUGCAAAAUGCAAUGUGGUCAGUUACUCAGUAGCCAAGGAAUUAGUAGACUGGUUGUGUGGGAGUAUAUUCAAGGAGCAGAAUUUGAGUGUGUCUGGUAUAUCUCCCCAUCCAAGCCUACUGAAGUUUUUAUAUACUGUAAUGCAGUUGGCCAUUACGCUUGAUCCAAAGGUGAAGCAUCACCUUCUUAGCUGGGCCACCAACAGUGACACUGUGAGUGGAACUAGUGGGCAAGAGGUUGAAAAGGGAUCCCAUGUACUCAGUAUUCUUGGACCAAAGUUGAUUCCCCAGUUCCUUGAAUCCCCUGAUGAUGCUUUGUCUCGGUGUGUUGAAAUGAUUCGUGAAGGACGGUUUCUGCCUGCCAUGGGCUUUGCUUCUGCUCUCCUCACCUGUCUCAUUAGGAAUGCUGACAUUAGGAAAAAGUAUUCAGUCAAAGUUGUCCAAAGUUUCCUGAAGCAUUGGCCAACACUUGCUGCUCAGGCUGGCAAGACAAGCCUUCACCAAGAUUCAGUUCUUAGUCUGUUAUCAUCCCUCUUUCUGAUUGAUCGUGAGGGCACCAUAAAAAGCCACUGCACAAGUUCAAGGUCCGAUAUGGUUGUAUUUUACAAUGGUCUCCUGGCAGAUGCAAAGGUAGAACUUCAGGCCAAGAUAAAAGUUCUGAAGCUGCUCCCCUUUUUCUUCACAAUGGGAGAAGACAUUGCAAAGUCUGUCAGUGAAGCCUUGGAAAUGCUGAGCUUGAACCACUUUCCUCUUCAUUCAACGGAAUUUUCUGAAGGAGGUGCCCGAGAUCGCGAAUAUCACCAAGCAAUCUGUGAGAUUUUAACUGCUCUAGAAUUGUCACUUUCUCCCAUACUUCUCCAAUUUGUUGUCAAUCUCUUCUGUCGAGAGGAUAAACACCGAUAUGAAGAGGUAAUGCACGAGUCCUUGGAGAAAUUUAUGAAAAAACUGCCAUUGCUCAAACAGCAGGAAACUCUGAAGCAUAUUUAUGAUAUGUAUAAUGAUCCUACUUGUAUAAAGCAAAAUCUAAGGUACAACAUAAUGGAUCUGGUUUUAACUCCACUUCUCCAGCAAGCUGAAGCAGUACCAACACAGAAUUUCUUAUUAACUGUGAUUAGUGCUGUCAUGGCUGGUAUGUCAGCCCCAGUACAUGGACGAUCUGACGAACAACACAAAACUCUGGUGACAAAAGUUGGAAGCUUCAUGAUUUUGCAGAUUAUGUAUUCCAAGUUGCCGCGUGAGAAGCUAUUUGCCCCUGGUUCAGAGAUUAAUGCAGCUUUUCGUCCUGGUGACCAGUCAGGAAAGGAGCUAACAAAGGAAAUUUUUCGUUAUGCUGCAAAGAUCUCCAAAGGUGAACUCCGUCAUGAUCAGACACAUGCUGAACUAAGAAGAUUGUGUGCUUGUGCAGCAUACAAUGCUAUUAUAGCAGUUCUGGCAUGUGUCCAGAAUGAUCUGAGGUUUUAUACCAAUUUCCUAUUUUCUGCAAAUCCUACUAAGGGAGAAGUCAUCUGGGAAUGUUUGGUUGACUGCAGUAGGAACUUGGAAUUUGAUGUUGAGAUAAACUUCAAGCCAGCAAGCAAGAAAAGAUUUGUUGCAGUAAGACAGAAAUUGAGAGAGACUGCCCGUGAAGAAGGGGCUGUAGUUGCAGGGACAGUACAGUACAUGGCAUCACACUACUUAUCUGACAGCAGUUUACGAGAAGAUAUGAGCCAGUUUGACUUCAACAACUCUGUCGUCCUUGCAAUGUCUCAGACAGAAAAGUCUUCAGAAAGAGUGACUGGUGCAAAUGAAAUGGGAGGUGUGCUCAUGCCUGUACACAUGGACCAAAGUGACUAUAAUGGCCAUGAGGUCAUGGCAAACUUGACAGCUGUUAUAAACCACAUGGUGGAUGCAGAGAUCAUGGUUUUACAUAAAGGGGACACAGUGCCCAAGGCAACAGAUGUACCCCAGUGGAUGACCCUAGUACAACAGAAGCUUGACAGUGCUGAUACUCCCAGAAAUGUAAAACUUUUCCUUCUCCGUGUCAUGAUGAACAAUGCAAGGAUUUUUGAACCUUAUGCUGCCCAUUUUGUAUCUACCAUCCUCACGUGCCUGGUAGAUGGAACCAUAGGAGAUAAGAUUAAUUAUUUCUUCUGUGAUGUGAUGGUGAUGGUGAUGGGAUGGGGUUCCAAAGCUGUGCCACAGGAUACUGUAAUGGGAAGGAAUAUUGUUGGUCGUGUCCUGCGGUACCUUUGCAUGAACACUCCACAGACUAGAGCAGAUAUUUUCAAGUAUAAUCUCGAUGUUGUAAGGUCAGUGGUUGAAUGUUGGAAGAGUCUGUUGACAGUACCAUACACAGUUAUUUAUUCCCUGAUGGAAGUUAAAGAUGGAGCUGAGAGGGAAGUUGAGGCUGGUUUACAGCUUCUGGGAAUCAUCUUGGCAAAUGGACUCCCGCCUUACACAGUUGAUUCCGAAACUGAGAAGAAAAGAUGUGAAUCUCUUGUGAUCAGGCUUCUAGGUGCACACUAUGCCAGUGUGUAUGGAGCUGCUGCUGAAGUUAUGGGCCUUAUCCUUAAAUAUACGUCUCAGAAAGAUGGAUCAGUGGAGGCACUGGAGGAUGCAGUGGUUAAGAGGGUAACUGAAUUGACAGUCAAGAUGCAAGGGCAGGGGCUGACAUGUAUCUACAACAUCCAUAAACAUUACCCUUCUUUUGUCAAGAGAUUGAUCAACAAACUCCUGAAUCUGCUACCCAAAUUAUAUGGCAUACAUCGCAAAAACGUCCUGGAAUGCCUUAUUGCCCAUUCUGCUACCAUGGAGGAUAUUUACCUUCAUCUCAAAGAACAGAAUCUCCUUGAUAUUCUGGCAAAAAAAGAAGCAUCAACGCAGCUAGUGGCCCUUCAGUUAGUGAAUGCUGUCAUGCCACGACUCACACCCUCACAGUUAUUGUACUUUAUGCCAGGAGUGGUAGCUUUUGCAUCUCACCCAGCUCCUAGUUGUCGAGAAACAAUGUAUGAUGUCCUGUUUUGGGUCUAUGACAAUUUCAGUAACAAUGAUACUGAAGAUGGGCAUCAGCUGGAAUCCCAAGCUCGUGGAGUGUUGCUUAGGGCAGUCAAGGAGGAGGACGCUGCUCUCCGGCAGAUUGUUCUCAACUUCUGGCUGCAAGGUGCACGAAGUAUGACCUUAACUCAAUGCCUCCUUCACAUCCUAAGAAAAAUGUACAGCCCAGAGAGUGAGGACUCAUUCUUGCAGAUGGCUAUUUAUGUUCUCUUGGAAGCGACAAGGCACUCAGCAGAUUACCAGAGGAAUAUAUUUGACCAACCACUGACUGAGUGUAAAUUUAGGGAAAUGAAAGUGAGCACAGCAUGGCGUGCCCGGCAUGCGUCCAUGAUCCCAAUGUUUGCAGAGACUCAGGCUAGCAAUGACACUUCUUUAAACUCCCUUCUGUCCUACACACAAGGGAGCGAUACAAAUAUGGAAACUGAUGGUCCAGCCGGUGUGCAGGCAACGCAGGCAAAUGUUUUUUCUGCCACUCAAGCACCUGGUGCCACUUACAACUGGGUCACGGAUUCAACUUUCGACACAACAUUGGCUGACAUGGAGUAUGAAGCCACUCAUGCUCCCACGCAGGGCUCCACAUCUGGACUCAUUUUUAAUGUUGGAGCUUCAGGUCAGAAAGACAGGAGGCGUUUCAAGCGUCCAGGGAUUGGGAACUCCAGAAUGAGACCCGCAGAUGAACCCGAUGGCAAUGAUGCAGCUGAUACUAUGCAGUCAAAGUUGAUAAGGAGAAGAUUUGUUAAGAACCAAGACAGGGAAAAACAGUCCAUUUACUUUGCCAAAAUAGAAGAAAGACGCAGUAAGCUAAGAGAGAAGCUAGAGAAGGAGAGGAAGUUCAGAAGAGAGGCCCAGGUAACAAUGUACAGGCAGUAUCGUGUUGGUGAACUUCCAGAUGUUCAGAUUCCUCAUCGGGCUUUGAUUGGACCCUUGCAAGCACUCUCUCAGCGUGAUGAAAAGGUGGCUCGUUUGCUGUUUGAAGUUCUUGCACAGGGUGUGAUAAAUAGUGCAGGGACUGCUAUGCACCACAGAGAAGAGCAAGAGUGGAACCAGGAGUUGCACGAAGCCCUUAACGGCAUCCUUAGUAGCAGUUACAUGUGUUGCCCACAAAUGCUAAGGACAGUGUUGCAUUUGAUGAUCAACAAUGAUGUUAGAACCAACCCUGAGUCACUAACAGCAGCUUGUUUGGGAAGUCGCCUGGAGGCAUUAGGCAUCCUGGUGCUGGAGAGGCAGGCUUUACUCUCCAAGCGAGGAGAGGAGCCACACCCAGCUCGCAAGAAGAUGCGCAAAGAUGCAGAAGCCUUGUCACAGGAUGAUUCCCUUUGGCUUAGCAUUGCUGAAAUGUACAAGAACCUCAACAUGUGGGAUGUGGUUAGAGGAGUCGUCCAAGGAAAACUAGGAGCCAUAAAAGAGGAAACACAGAAGGCACUUGAGGCAGAGGCGACAAAUAACCAUGUGAAGGCAUUCCUUCUCUAUCGUCAGUCCCUAGACACUACUGACUGGGAAGAGGAACCUCUGGCAGCGGAAAAUCGUCUUUGGGAGGAAUGGUAUUCCAAUUGUGCAGCCAUCCUUGGGCAGUGGUCAGAAUUGGAGAACUUUGUAGAAAAGCGGUUCUUGCAAGAUGAUGAUGGGGAAGUUGACCUGAACCGGGUGUGGCUCCUUCCCAAACCAACCGCGACUGCCCUCCCAGCCUUAGUCCACUCUAAACUCAUGAACAUCUUGGAUGGAUCAGAGACUGAUGGAAAUCUCAUUGCUUUCAUCGAUCAAUCAAUGGGAGAUCAUCGGCACAGAUCCAUGCUGGAGGGAGAUUUGCCGCUACAGUUAGGUGUCUUAGCUGCUCACCAAGAGAAGUUUGAACAGGCAAAUGUGUAUGCAAACACUGCCACAUCAAUGACCCUUUUAACAUUAUCUCAGUAUUCGGUUCUUACUCCCAAUCCUUUAUUGGAUACUUUGCAAAAUGUUCAGCUGCUAACAGAGCUGAGUGACUGCUUGAACAAUGUUAAGUAUGCUGACCGAGACUUUUACUCUUCGAAAGUCAAGCAAACAGUCACCAGUUGGAAGAAACAGAAAUGUCGUAUUGAUGACAAUCCACUCAUGACCCAGUGCCUGGCUUCAUAUCGAGACUUGUACCUACACCUGAUGGAGAAAAAAUUACCGGAAGACUCUUUGGAUGUUUCAAACCUUAUAAAGGACACAAAGAACUUCACUCACAGGUUUGUGAUCAGAGCAGCUCUCCAUAAUUCCAAUUACCAUUUGGCUAAUCGACACUUGAAGAAGAUAAGCUCUCUGUCCGAAGAUGAGUACUCUAAGGCACAGUUCUAUUUCUUGAUGGCAGAGACUCACAUCCUUAGGGGUCAAGGAAAGCAAACUGAUCGGCUAAAAUACCUCGUGGAGGCAUGGGCCAAAUAUUUAGGCAGGGUAAGUUCAAUGUCAAUAUUAGAUCAAAACCCAAGGGUGGAGAUACAGUAUCUGAAAUUAGAAAGUCACCUUUGUUUGGAAAUUUGCCGUGCUAUACAGGAUAUGGGGGAUGACUGGACAGAAGAUAAUCAAUACAUGCAAGUGUUAUCCAAGAAAUUUGAAAAUGCUAAUGGAAAAGAAUCAUGGCAGAGAGAGCUGCUUAGCUGCAGUUAUAAAAGUCUUCAGCUUGCUGUGAAUUGUGCAGAAGGCAAACUAGUGAAAAGUGAUGCUUUGAAUCAAGAUGAUUCAAAGAAAUCAGAUAGUGAUGCUCAUUUGGCACUUGUCAAGUACUGUGAGGAAUGUGUGAUAAAAUGGAAAGAUCAUGUGGAUGUGUCACAGUAUUCGAAAUCCCUUAUGGUGUCAGUCCUCCGAGCAAUGGCAAAUGGGUCACGAGAUGCUCAUUUUCAUUUCCCUCGUCUGAUAAAUUUAAUGAAUGAGGAUGCAAGUCUUCUGUCAUCUUUCAAGGAGGAAUAUGAGAAGGUACCAAUAUGGAUGUUCUUGCUCUGGUUGAGUCACAUUCUCAUAUAUGUGGAUAAAGUUCCAGGGCCUGCUCUUCAACCGGUGGUUGAGCGAUUGGCAGCUGAAUACCCUCAGGCAGUUAUAUAUCCUUUUGGGAUCAGCAAACAACAGUACAACUUCAGUAGUCAUGAAGGAAAACUUGCUAAAGCCAUGUGUGACAAGGUAGAGGCCUUACUCAGCUCACAUAAACUUCUACAUCAGUUUGUGUCAGCAAUGUCACUGAUGGUGGUUCCGUCCAUUGCAUGCAAAGAUGCAAUUCAAAAUGUUUUGCAAGAGAAAGACAAACAAAAGAUGGAAGAGGGUUUGAGUGAGAUUGUGAGUGAGUUCUUAAAAGUUCAGAACAGGUCUUCGAAAGGAAAUGCAGAGGAAAAGGGCGAGGCAUAUACCAGGCAAGACCGAGCAAAGAAACAAAUGGCUGAAGCUUUUACAAAAGCAUUUGGUGAAAAUCUAAAAAAGGCAAAGUCUUUGUCAAUAAGAGAUAUUCAGAGGGAACUUGGCUCGAUGGGAAGGGUCUUGCAGCUGUCUCCGGAAGAGAUGAGAAAGUUGCCCCGGCAGUUGAAGGCCUAUUCUCCCUGGCUGGCCAACUUCCAGGCAUCAAAAUAUUCAGAGGUGCUUGAGUUGCCUGGACAGUAUACUGGAAUGUCCAAACCUUUACCUGAGUAUCAUGUGAAGAUUUCUAGUUUUGAUGAAAAUGUCCUGCUUAUGUCAUCUAUGCGUGUGCCAAUGAGGAUUAUAAUAAGAGGUGAUGAUGAAAAGGAAUACAAGUUCCUUGUGAAGUGGGGAGAAGAUCUCCGUACUGACCAGCGGAUGGAGCAGAUGUUUACACUGAUGAACAGUAUAUAUGCUAGGUCGCCGCUGUGCACCAAAGCUUCAUCUGUUCCUUCACUGGACACCUAUCAGGUGAUCCCACUUUCUCUAAGAGUGGGCAUUUUGCAGUGGGUCGAUUCUACCCAACCCUUAAAAGAUUUUAUAAAUGACUCAUAUAGAGAAAAUGAAACAAAAUGCUAUGGUGAAGCAAGGGCUCUUUACGGAAAGAAUGAAAACUAUACUGUUGCCAAGAAAGCCAAAAAGCGGGAUGUUAUAAAGGCAUAUGAAGAAGUUGUAAACAAAAUCCCUUGGGAUGUGUUACGCCGUGGACUUGUGAGGAUGUCAAGCAGCACUGAGGGCUUUUUCAGUCUAAGAAGUGCCUUUGCAGUGAGUUACGCAGCAUUAUGCAUCUCACAGUGGCUUUUGGGCAUUGGCGAUCGUCACUGUAGUAAUUCCCUCGUAAGUCUGAAGACUGGUCGUGUUAUUGGUAUUGACUUCGGCCAUCAUUUUGAAAGUGCUGUGCAGUUUCUGCCGGUUCCAGAGUUGAUGCCGUUUCGCCUGAGCCCUCAAAUUGUAAAUGUAUUUCAGCCGAUAGGCCAAGUUGGAAUGCUGAAAGAAAUCAUGGUUUCUGCUUUGGGAGCGCUUCAAGAAUCGCGCCACGUACUGACAGCAGUUUUAGAGGCCUUUGUCAAAGAGCCAACAAAAGACUGGCUGGAUUUUGUUCAGAAACAGGAAGGUGACACCCAAGACAGCAAAGUAGAGCUGUUUUCCAGCAAACGAAUCGAAUUACUGAAUGAUAAGCUGAGUGACAUUAACCCAGCCUACAUUACCUUAUGGGCAGUUUCCCAAAAUAAGUUUGUAGCAAAACAGAAGGCCUAUGAGAACCUCAAACAAGCUGUCUUAGGUGACCGAGGAGAAUCCGUCCGAGCCAGCGUUGGCGAGCGAGGACUCAGCACUCACCAGCAGGUAGACAUCCUUCUUGAACAAGCGACAGAUCCUAAUAUCCUUGGAAGAUCUUGGAUAGGCUGGGACCCAUUCUUGUAAGUUCAGAUAUGCAGGCUACGUAAGUACAUCACAGUUACCAAAGGUGUACAUGGGGUUUGAUUCAUGGUGUAAUUUAUUUGGUUGAUUGUACACUAGAAGUUACUCAUUUUUUUUUUAGAGAAAUCGACUGGAAUUUUAGCAACCUUACGAUGGUAUUGUAUUCUAUCUAUGUAUCCCAGUGAAAUUUAAUGUAAGAAACAUUUUGUUGCAUUCCACUGUGUAAAGGUUCAGUUGUGAUCUUGAAUGACAGAUUUCAUCACUGAUAUAUGUUUUUGUUUUUGUUUUUGAUGAUUUACCAUAUUUUUGUAAUGACAAAAAACAAAUAUUGAUCGAGUAUUUUCCUAGAUGUUCCUAGGCAUGAUUUAUAUCCUUGCGGAUAGGUCUUGUUUUUGAAAAUGAAGAGAACCAGAAGUAUGUAUAAUUUAAAUGUGCAGAGUUGCAAAUAAAAAUUAGAAAUAAAUUUAA